AGCCCAAAAAUCUCCCGUCUCGGCGUCUCGGCUCCUCCGCUCCUUGCGCCAUCUCGCGGCUGAACAGGCGAGGGGAGGGCGCGCCGAUCUCCAUCCGGCGAGCAGGGGAGGGGAGGGUCGCUGAUCUCCAUCUGGCGAGUAGAGCAGGCGAGGGGAGGGGAGGGGAUCCGAUCUGGAAGAAGCCCUUCUCUUAAUUUCAGAGACUUGAACCUUAAUACAAGUGACAGUUUGUUCAUUCCCCCAAAAGUUUGGGGGUUCAACUGAGCCCCCAUGUCCCAAGUUGGAUCCGCCCCUGCCUUCAAGUAGAUCGAUGAUUCCACAAAAUGCAGCUUUGGACCAUAUAAGCACACCUUCAGAAAGUGGUGAAAUACCUUUGGUUAUAAAUGUUGAAAGUCAGCACAUUUUUUGACGAUUCUAUGGCAUGGAAGGGGAUACUUUGUUAGCUGACAUACAACUGGCACUUCCAAAUAGGUGCUAUUUGUUACCUUCAGGCAUGCACAAAUCUAAUACAUCAUCAUGUCCUACUAUCACAUGUGAAGAAGCUCUUAAGAGGGAGUUGGAGUAUCGGCAAAAAAUUGAAAGGAGUCAUCCACAUCUGCUGGUUGGCCUUAAUGGAUCCCCUGCAUUGCUGAAUGAGGUUGGAUCUGGUUCAUCACCUGAUUUGUCAAUGAGGAACUCAGCCCAUGACAGCUAUAUGCCCUCACCACAGGCAUGUUUUGUUGGUUCCACUGUACAAAGACCACCAGCAAAUUGGUACCCCUCAAAGAAAAAGUUGAAAGUUCUACAGCAUCCUUCACAGGCUUUGCAGGCCCCCAGGCCAAAUUUGAUACCUUCCUUUUGGUGCAAAAUUUGUAAGGUGGAUUGUGUUACAGAAUUUAAUUUUGGUGCCCAUAUUGGAGGAAAAAAACACAAGGCAAAAAAGCUGGAGAUUCUUGGUAAUAGAAACAAUGCAAGACCUGCCACUGGCAAUCAAUGUACAGGUAAUAGAAAUCCCAGACCAAAUGGCAACGCAGGUUCUGGAAGCAGAAACAAUGAACCAAAUGUGUUUAAUAGCAAUAUUGCCCAACCAAGCAGUGACACUUUCUCUGGAAGUCAAACCAACGGAACAAUUGGAAAUCCUCACAAGGAAAUGUCAUCUGAUGGUGAUGGAAUAAGCAAUAGCAAACUAGAGCAAAAUUGCUGAUACUGGAUCAUCUGAACACAAGUGAUGAAUAAAGAUACUUGAAGCUUAUGGUUGAACCGGUUAUAGCAUACUUCAGGAACAUCUUCCCAGUUGUCCCCAUGUGUGUGUCAUGCCACAAGUGCAGCCAAGGAUUUGAGCACCACACUUUGGGCAAAGAAACGGGAGGUACUGCAGCUGAACUGUGGCGUGCUGUCAUUCAGUAAAGAAACAAACUUGGCUGGAACCAAACAGGUCUUUAACCUGCUGAUGUACAUAGUUUUCUCUUUACACUAGUUGUCUUAUUUUUUGUUGCAAAUCAUGUAGAAAUAAAAAAAAAUCCUUGCUUGGAUGAUGGUAUCUUGCAUGCUUUAGCUUGAAUUGCUCUGGAAAUUUUAUCUGGUCAGUAAGACAGUUUCUGGUUAUCACUCUUCUGUCUUCUCCAGUUUUCUUUGGUCAUAAUUUUGCUUUUAGUUUGUAUAGUUCAAAUAUCAUAAUUUAUUGCAAUGUACCUUUGAUAUUUGUUUGUCUGUUCAACCAACAAUUCUUCAUUUUGAGACAUGAAUCCUCUAAGGAUUGCAGACAUAAGGGAAUUCUGCUGCUUA